CGCCGUACACCUGUCGUCCGCCAAAUGGCGACGCUGCGAAAGGUCGCUCGUUGUUCCAGAAUUUUGACGGAUGUUAGUCGAGUCAGGACAGUAGGUGUUGGAAACGCUUGCGUCCACCUUGAAGUAGUACCGCAGCCUUCUGGUAUAUGGGUACGAACCUUGUUUGGCUUCAAACUUCCACUGCCCUCGGGUAAACCAAAGACUUUAGAGUAUUCAGAAAAGAAAUUACUAGGGUAUUCUCAGGAUCAGAUGUACGACGUGGUGUCUCGUGUUGACCACUACUGCGACUUCUUGCCAUGGUGUACAAAAUCCGAGGUGGUCGAGAGGAAAGCCAAGUCGCUCCUGGCUAAGAUGCAAAUUGGUUUCCCUCCCAUCAUGGAAUCUUACACAUCCUCUGUGCUACUGGAGAGACCCUCCUUGGUCAAGGCUACGUGUUACGAUGGUCGCCUCUUCAACCACUUGGACACAGUGUGGCGUUUUGAUCCAGGCCUUCCAGAUAGCCCCAAGACUUGUAUUCUGCACUUUAAGGUCUCCUUUGAAUUCAAGUCGCGUCUUCACUCAAAAUUGGCGCAGAUGUUUUUCGACGAGAUUGUUCGACAGAUGACGCAAGCCUUCAUGAAGAGGGCCCUGGCACUGUACGGACCUCCGACACCCGUCGCAACAAAGGACGUUGCGCACGAGGCAUCUUCAUAACGAACCCUGAGACUCUGGAUAAAACACACUACACAGGCACAAGAGCAUGCGUGUGCAGGACUACCUGCAGGGCAUGCAUGCAUAAGGCACAUCUUCCACUAUCUCAAGUACAUAAGAGUGAACACUUUGCAGGACAAUACAGGAACUCGCAAGUUUCCAUAUGGAUCUAUGGCAGCAUCCUGAAACUGUGUCAUUAUAUGCUGCUAACAUACGCGAGACCUUCCUUUCCUCAGUGCUACCAGUAUA